GUCGGUAGGUCGUCUUUUCUUAGAGUUCUCGCGUGCAUCUUCUUCACAGCACCCACUCUAGAUCGGCAGAGAGCCGUAGAGACUAGUCUACAGUGUUUUUAGGUAGCGAUUGUACCAACCGUCUAACGUCCGCUGUGUGGCGUUCCUCGCCGUUACAAGGAUUUCUGAUUCACUUUCUAACACUGGGCGGAAGACAGAACUCCAAUAAUUAGUUUUUGUCGAAGUGAAAGGAAGUGCGUGCAGUCAUCACCAGGAGUUCGCGCCAGAAAGUAAGUUGUAGUCGAGUAGAGUGGCUAUGAGGUCCAUGUCAGGGUUGGGGAGGCGAAACCAGCUCAUCUUGGCUGUCACUGGCUUUGUCGUGCUUACGAUGGUACGGCACGACGCGAGCCUCACCAAACUACUCAGCAUCAUCAACAUCUCUUUCGGUAUAGUCGGGAGAAAGAGCAAUGUAGCGCCCCAGCCGCCCGCAGAGCCAGGAGCGGCCGAACGUCGUUUGGCAAAGGACGUGUCGGAGAGGUGUAUCAGAGGCGGACAGUUCGCCGUGCAGCCGUCACGUGCAGAGGCCGACAUGCUGUUCACACACAUGCUGUAUGACGACUCCAAAAAGUUGGUCUUCUGUUAUAUAGCCAAAGUGGGAUGCACAAACUGGAAGCGGGUGUUCGCUGCAAUGAAAUCUGGAAAUUCGUCCUCUCUGAAGAUACCGCAUCACAAGCUGCAUUUCCGUCGCAAUCGGCAUGUGAGCUAUCUGAGCGAUCUGAACUAUUUGGAAGCACUGCACAGAUUACAGACGUACAAGAAGGUGAUGUUUGUGCGUGAUCCCGCCACACGUCUUCUGGCCGUCUAUCGCGAUCUCAUAGCUUGGCGGCCGAAGAACGCGUCUGACGCUUUCAUGCAGGAGAUGUUCUUCCGCGAUCGCUCCGAGUGGCAGACGGGUCGUCGCAUACGGCCCGAGGACGUCAACAUAACGCUGACGUCGUUCUUGAAGAUGGUCCUGUCUCGCACACGGCCGCAUGAGAUGGACGAGCACUGGCAGACAUACACAUCCAACUGUAUGCCUUGCAGUGUACGCUACGACUACAUAGGGAAACAUGAGGAACUACCGGACAGCGCUGAUAAUGUCUUACAGGCAUUGGGUAUCAACAACAUACGCUUCCCAAAGAAGGAGCUUGACUACACAAACAACCCGGUGCGACGCAAGUCUGCAAAGGAGCUGUACAGUCGGGUUUCGCGAACACUGCUGCAGUCUGCCUGGCAUCGCUACGGCAAUGAUAUCGAGCUGUUUGGCUACAGCGCUCUGGACUCUUAUGGUACAGAGGAUGACUCACCUGACGUUGAGGCAGACACUUUGGCAGACUACCUACGGCGUACACGUCCCCUGUAGCCCUUAGAGCAGUGUACAUAUACAUAUAUUAUUUAUUCGUUGAUGAAGACCUCCAAGUAAUAAGGCAACACUGCCUGUUUGUUCUUCGACAUGAAACAAACCAAUCCAAAAUCCGAAUCCAAGUCUGAACUGGUUACCCUCGGCCUGAUCAAGGUCUGUACGGAUUUGCAACAGUUCAAGCUCUUUGUGGUGUCAAACUCACAUGGUCUCUGGUGCAUUGGGUCUCAUCCCAUGUAGCUUUGAUGGGUCAGAUGCCUGCCGAUCAUAUCAUCAAAAAAUAAUAUGUAUUUUUCCCGCUGCUAUGCAAAAGACACAUCGCCGCCCAAAGGAACGUACUGGGUCUUUGGUAGCCUAGGUUAACAACUCUCGUACAUUGUAUUUUCUGUGCGUGUGCAUGUGUUCCCGCGCGUGUGUGUGUGUAUGUGUGUGUGUGUAUGUGUGUGUAUGUGUAUGUGUGUGUACGUGUGUAUGUGUGUGCGUGUGUAUGUGUGUUGUAAAUCUUAACUUUAGUAUUGUGGAUAGCACAGAACGGUCGGCUUCAUCUACUCCCAUCUCUGGUGGAUACCUAAUACCACCCCCCCCCCCC